AUGAUACCAAAAUUACAUCCACCAUAUCGAUUUUUUUUAAUCCUUCUUGGAAUAAAUCUAUUAUGCAAUGAUCUACUCGGAAAUUAUAAUUCACAAGGAAGUGUAAAAGCAUGGACUAUAUUCAAUCCCGCGUCUGCAGAUUAUAAUGACGAAAAUACUUUUGCUUCAAGACCAAUGGAUUUUGAUCGUACAGAUAUUCCUAAAAACAUUCUCAUCGGAUCUUACAUUGGGGGAAUGAGCCAUCUUCGUCCAGCACUAGAAAUAACGAAAAUUCUAACAGAACGUGGAUACAAUGUAGCUCUGGUAUCACCAGGAAAUUUUACACAUCCAAAUUAUCCAAAAGUCAAACAUUUUUCAACUGGCCCAAGACACAAUCCACGUGAUAUGCCUGAGAUUUAUCAUGAAUUAUUCGUAGAAGAGUUUACAUUUUUUAAAGCUUUAAGUCAACAAGCGGUUUCGAAUUCCAAAUAUUUAAGUAGAUUUGAAACUUAUACGAAAGCCGCUUUAGAAUUUAAACCUGAUUUAUUCCUCUGCGAUCAUUUCCUUAACGAAGCUUGUUAUGACACUGCUUGGAAAUUGAAAAAACCUAGUAUUGGCAUUAGUUCCUGGUUGACUCCUACUGUAGGCAUUGCACCUACUUCUAACUCAAUAGAAAGGAUAAAAAAUACAUUAUUUUUUGCUGACACAUUUUUUGGUUUUGAAACUCCAAGCCAUCUACCCCCUCUUAUUCAAGAAAUUGGACCUGUAAUGCAGGAUGAAUAUGAACCAAUGACUCCCAUUCUAUCCUCAUUUAUCGCGAAACAUAAACGAACAAUGCUUGUAGCGUUCGGUACUCAUGUGUAUACCACACCUGAAAACAUUGGAACCUUGAUUCAAUCCUUCAUCGAAGCAAUCGAUCGUAAAGUAAUUGAUGGAAUAAUCUGGGCGCUUGUGCAAAUAUCUCAUGAGGAUAUUCCUUCGACUAUAUCAUUAUCUGAUGGUUCCACUAUAUCAACCGAUGAAAUUCUAAAUAAUCAAAAUCCUCAUAUUCAUGUUUCUCAAUUCUUACCACAAUUUGCUCUUUUAAAUCAUACAAAUGUCAAAGUAUUUUUAUCUCAUGCGGGCAAAGGAAGUUCACAUGAGGCUUUAUACACGGCAACUCCAAUGUUAACUUUACCAAUAGCUUUUGAUCAAAUGGGAAAUGCUGAGGCAUUAGAAGCUGCUGGUGUGGCUUUAACUUUAUCGAAACUUAAUCUUAAAGUUGAAGAUAUAAUUUCUAAAAUUGAACAAUUGCAAACUGAUGAAAGUAUUCAGAUUAAUUCUAGAAGAAUGCAGGUAUUAGCAAGGAUUAAUAGCAAGAGAAAUCAAAUAAUAACUGAUGAUAUUAAUAUGAGGAGAAAUGGUUUUACAAAUUCUUAUUUGAAUGAAUUAAUUACACCAGACACGAGAAUGGGUUUUAUUCGAGGCAAGUACCUUGACGUGUUUGGUGUAUUAUUUUGUGGAAUUUUGAUUAUUUUAGGUUAA